CUAGUAGACUUAUGUUUUGAGCCAUCUAUUGAGAGGAAGAAAAAAAAUAGAAAGUCUUAAAGAUUUUGAAUGACAUGGGAGUAAGUUAAUGAUGACAGACUUCUACAUUUUGGGACGGAAGAGAACAAAGAGAGUGUGGACUAUUCCUACUUACCCAUGUAUAUCUGAGAAUGACAAAGGUCCUCUCCCAAAAUUUGUGUUCCAGUUUAAGGCAAAAUUGGAUAAUGAUGCUGAUGCAGAAAUGUUGGAGGCAUAUCAGCCAUAUGUGGGCCUUUUUACUCUUGACCAAAAGUCAGGGAACCUCUGUGUGACUCGAUAUGAGGCCUCGCUCAUCAAGCACUUUCUCGACACUUCGGCUGGACCAUAAAUCUCACAAAUGCUCCAGUCUGAAUGACAUGUUCUUAUUCAUCUCACAAUAUCAUCUCUAAGCCUACCAGUUUUUAUCGUAAAAAGUACACACCUGGUCAAAACUCUGGACACACCUGACUGAAUUUAUGUUUCUCAUGAUCUUAAAAAUCUUUUGAUCUAAAGGCUUGAACACUUAACCUCAUGCGACCUGCGUCCACAUGCGUGGACAUUUUGGCUUCGCUAUAGGCUAUAUAUAAUUGCAUUUUAUUUCAACUGACUGGUCUCCGUUCAGGAGACUCUAGGCUGUCAUUAAAGCGUUAAACUUUCGAUGCACCGAGUCAUGUGACAAAACAGCAUGGCGCCGAUUGCAGCUGAGUUUGUCUUUGGGCGAAACAGCAACAAAACUCCAUCUGGGAACAAACCUCAUUAAGUUUUUACAUUAAAACCUGUUUAAGUCAAAAGAUAGUCUAGUUUCAUCCGAUAUGCCAUUUUAUAAUUUCAUUGAUUUAUCGCAAAACGCCACGCUGUUAAACACAAUGACCACGUACGUGGACUAUAGGCUAAUUUUUCUUAAAAUAUCCUAUAUUAACUGUUCAUUAUCACAUUGAGAAUCAUUGGAUGCAUCCAGAAGCUGGAAAAUAUUGCUUUCAGAGGCUUUAUAUGGAGUUAGGAUGAAAAUAAGGUGUAUUUCAAACUGUUCUGAGACCAGUGCAGACAGACAGCACACUGGAGGUUAAGUCUUUCACUAAUUAGGGAGCAAGGGAGCAUCCUAUAGCUCUCUAUUCAGCCAAGUGCAUUCACUAUUCCUUAAAGGAGCAAACUUUUGUUAAAUCAAUACUACAAAAGACUAAAAGAAUGGAAUAUGUUAAGGACACAGGAAAAACCUAUAAACAAUAUUCAUAAAAGAAUCGAAGAUGUGUGCAUCUGUAUUUUUAUUAAGGGGAAAACUGCUACAAAUACACUGUGUAAGUAUCUUAUUAAACUUCAGUCAGUAUUUCGGCUUAAAAUGCACACCAUCAGUAACAUCUGAACGAUCAGCAUUGUUAUUACUGUUAUCUCAUUAUUCGUAGUCAAGAAUGCAUAAUUACAUUGAGCGAACACACAAAUGCUGGCCGUACAGCCACUGGAUCAUUGAUGGAGGCUCCUGAGAAGUGCUGCUGAGUUUAACAACCAAAGAUCCAGCAUUAGCCUCAGUGACCCCCACGCCCCCCCAACCCCACCC